AGAGAUGGGUAACUUCAACUCCGGAGUUGGAGUUAACUCCGGAGUUGUUCAUCUCUGAUUUAAUUUGAUUGAAAACGAUAGUCUUGUUGUGAACUAUGUAGUAACAUUGAGCAUUUUACAAUUUCCUGUCUUAAUAAUUAAAUCCUUAAAAAAACAUUUGUCUAAUUGUGCAUUAUUUCUUUUUUUAAGCACGUCGAAAAUCUCAAGCAAUAAUAUCUCAAACAAAACCUUGUUUAAAAUCAAGUACAUGUGCAACGGAACAAAUAUUAUUUUGUCAAAAUCCAAUUGAUAGUAAAUUAUCUACAGCAAUUCUAUAUAGAAAUCAACCAAUUGUUACGAAUUGUUUUUCAUAUGAUUUUUAUUUUCCUGAUCAUCUUCUUCAACAAACUCAUGAAUGUAUGAUUAUAGCAGCAUUAAAUCCACAUUGUUUUACAAUACAACUUAAACAAGAUCCGAUUGAAUUUGAUAAAUUUCAACGUGAAAUCAAUGAUUUUUAUAAUACAAUUGAUGAUAAAAAAUAUUUCAUACCAUUAGAACAAAUUCAAAAGAAUUUAUGUGUUAUAUGUGCUGAUCCAAAAUCUUCAGAUAAUGAUAAAAUUUGGAAUCGUUCACAAAUACUUGAUUUUGAUAUAAAUGAUCAAACAGUUAAUUUAUUUUACGUUGAUUUAGGUACAUGGGAUGAAUAUGUACCAAUAAAUCGUCUUCGUUAUCUAAUUGAUAGUUUUCAUCAUCAUUUAGUUUUUUCACUAACAUGUCGUUUAGCUCAUAUAUCACCAAUUGAUAAUGAUACGAAAAUUGUAACAUGGCCAGAUGAUGCAAUAGAUCAAUUUUUAGCUGUUAUUAAUCAAGUUGUACCUGAAAUUGAACUUUUAGCAUUUGGAAAUGAUGGAUUAUUUCAAACAAAUUUAUUUGUUAUUAAUUCAGGACAAUAUGUUUGUGUAAAUGAUUAUAUGAUACAUAUUAAAAAAGCUAAAGCAAUUUUACAAUCAACAGAUAUAGAUGAUAAUAAUCAAAAUAUUACUCAAUCUGAUAAACAAGGAACCGUUAAUCAUGGUCCAAUAAUUCAUCCAGUAAUUGCUUUAUACAAUCAAUUAGGAGAAAUUUUAAAACGAUCUAUUAUAAAAUCUCGUUCAACUAUUCUCAAUAAUUCAUCGAUUUCAAUAAAACCUCUUGUAAAACUUAUUCAUACUAAUACACAAAUAAAUAAUAUUCCUCAAAAACUACCUCUUAUCUUUAUACAUUAUGAAAAAUCUAUUCUUAUACCUGAUUUCAAUAUUUGUUCUUUACUUAAAAUGAUUAAUUCAAAUAUUGAUACUCAUAUUAUCGAAGAUUAUGUAAGUACACAUACAAUAUCAUUAUACAAA